GAGUGAACAGCGCUUGCACUGCACAGCCCUCCGAGCCAUCAAUCAUCUGGCAAGCUCCCCCCAUGCUCCGAGUGCCCUCAUUGUUAAAAUGAAAGCAGAUUUCUCCAUGGCAACUGGAACCCUAUAAGGUUGUUGUCGCUAAUCCUCCCCAGCUUACACAAUUCUUAUUUCUGAUAAGAGGUUUUACCAAUGCAGUGGAAUUCUCAUCAAACCCUUCACUUCCACCCACAAACGGACUAAAACAGACUCUGCUACAUCCACACAACUAAGAGAGUUCCCUCUGUGAAGCUCCAGUCUGACACGAGGAGGCCAGGACAAGUGAACCAGGGCCCCCCGAACCGCCAGCCAUGCGUCCCUGGGCCUGUUCUUUCCCCCUGGUGCUCAUGUGCAUGAUGGAGAGCGCUCUGGGAGCACGAGGGCACGAGGAGAGCUACCUGCGCGAUGUCCUGCAGGCCCUGCCCCUGGGGGACCCUGCGCGAAUGGACAGGAACCAGACCAGGAUCCUGAUCUCCAGCAUCUUCCGAGCCGUGCAGUGUCCCGACAGGAUCGCCGGCUCAUGGGAACAGUGUGACCAGUGCCUGCCGAUGGACACGCUGCUCUCAGUCCUGGAGGAUGAUGGCAGGGAGUAUCUCUCUGAGGAGGACUUCCAGCGCCUCUCCACUGUCCUGCUCUACUAUAUCCUCAACAUGAAGGACCUCUGUGCCUCCAACUACUCUUCCAGCUCCCAGGACUACCAGUACUACAUCUCUGCAGUGAUGAACCUGCACCCACAGGAGGAUGACGAGUUCCUCUCCCCCAAUGAGACGGAGAGCGCCCUACAGCUCAUCAACCAGUAUUACCUGCCCUCCACCUCUAAUCAGUGUGUCGAUGCCUCGUCCCUGAUGGAAGAUGUGGAUAUUGUGGAUAGCCAGGGAGCUGAUUUCUCCUCGAUCUCAAGGCUGGCGGGGGCGAUCGUUGCCCACGUUCUCCAGGGACACUGUUUCAGCAAGAGGAACCUGCCCUCCCCAGGAUUCUUCACUGACUUCAUAUUUCAGUCCCUCAACCGAACCAGUGGCCUGGAUGUUAUAGAUUUAGAAGGUCUGCUGCACCAGCUAGGAGUAGGAGGGGGAGGGGCUGUUCAUGUGCACAGCAGACAGAGGAGGAGUAUCAUAGGCUCUUCCCAAAAGCAGAGGGAGAUACGACGAUUGGACAGCUGCACUCAGGAGCCCAGCACUGACUGGACACAGGUCUGCUUUUCAGCCAGUCAGCUGGUGGAAAUUUUUGUGCUGGACCCCCACUCGCCUAUCUCCAAAGAACACUUCAGGCACAUUUGCCCAGCCAUCAUCCAGCAGUUGCUAGGCGACGUGUGUGCUUCCGCUGAGAUGAAGGUGCUGAGUUCUCCUCCGAGCGCCAUUGAGAAGUAUGGUUACAGCACUGUGGCUGUCUCGCUCAUCACCUUGGGCUCCAUGCUGGGCAUCGCCCUCAUCUUCUUCAACUCCUGCCAGGAGACCUACGCCCUCCUGCUGCAGCUCUUCGUGGGCCUGGCUGUGGGAACGCUGUCCGGAGACGCCCUGCUGCACCUCAUUCCACAGAUUCUGGGUCUUCAUGACCACAAUCACUAUGACGAUCAUCAUGUGGUGGAUAACAAAGACUACCUCUGGAAGAUUCUGGGAAUCAUAGCUGGAAUUUAUGGAUUUUUCCUCAUUGAAAGAAUAUUCUCUCUUGUCAUGCCAUCACAUGGCCAGGGCCACGCCUUCGUUCACCAGCACAUGGGCCAUUCCCGCGACCUCUCUCUGGAGCUCAGCUGCAACGGCCAGCCGCGGAGGGGAAAGUCCAUCUCCACCAUGCAGCUGGGGAGCCUGGAGGAUUCAGAGUGUACAGAAAUACCCUCCGAAGAGCCGGACAUAAGGAUCCCUACACGACCCCUGAGGCAAGGGGUGUCGUUGCUGGCCGUGAUGGUGAUUGUGGGUGACAGCCUCCACAACUUUGCGGACGGCCUGGUUGUGGGGGCGGCCUUCUCCUCCUCGUCCGAGACCGGCAUGGCGACCACAGUGGCCAUACUGUGCCACGAAAUCCCACAUGAAAUGGGUGACUUUGCCGUUCUCCUGAGCUCAGGGCUGUCGGUGAAGACGGCCGUGCUCAUGAACUUCUUCAGCGCCCUCACGGCGUUCCUCGGCCUGUACAUCGGCCUCUUCGUGUCCAGCGACGUCGCGGUGCAGCAGUGGAUCUUCACCGUCACUGCCGGGAUUUUCCUCUAUCUGUCGCUGGUAGAGAUGCUCCCGGAGAUGAGCCACGUGAAGACGCAGCGGCCAUGGCUGAUGUUCCUCCUGCAGAACCUGGGCCUUCUCCUGGGAUGGGGGUGUCUCCUGGUCCUGGCUCGGUUCGAGCACAAGCUCAAGUUCUGAGGGAAACACCGUGCACAUGUCAUAGGCAGCACAUAAAUGAUGGGGCAGUGUUUAUCUUUGCUUUUUUUUAAAAGGAACAUUGUUUCUAGUAUGUUGCAGAAAUGCACUGAAUUACAUGUACUGUACAUCCAAUAGGCGAUAAAAUACUGUUGUGAAAAAGAGUCUUUCUGCAAAAAAAAGUUUAGAAGUCUCAUAUGUUUUAUGAGAGUGUGAGUAUUAUGGUGGAUGACUAUACUAUUGUUUGUAGGAGAAUUUAAUUCAGACUGACUUGCUAUAGAUAUCUGAUAAAACAUGACAUGAGAACAUCAAGAUAAAUGUUGUCUAUGCUUUUGCAGGGGGUAAAAAUCACCAUUGUAAUGACCAGUACUUGGAUAUCGCAGAUAUAUGCCUCAUUGUGUGUAGUCAGUUGUUGUUGUAUUUUGUGACAGGUACAAUUUAGGAUAAAUAGCCUACUUUUAUACUGCUCAAUGCCUGGUGAUGACCAGUUAGGUGUUUACAAGGACAGUUAAAACAGUCAAAGGUGUAAGCCUCCAUAUGUCGCACCACUUCACUAAAUGUGGGAUCCAGACAAAUGCUUGUACAGUUGUCCUACUAACAGUUCCAGAAAAUUCCUGCUGUCCCCAUACUGUCUUUUUAUUAGAGAGCUCAUCUGGACUUCAUUGUGUGAGUGAACAGUCCUUAAGGUUAUGAUGCCGGAAACUGUUGAGGGCUUUGCGGCAGAGUUCUUCACAAUCUCUGAACUGCUGCAAUAGAGUGGAGAGGAUGAGAAACAAUCAAAAUGAAGACUGUCUUUGUUUCCUCCUCUGUGCAGUGCUUGUAGCUUGACCGUUAGACACACGUCUGUUUAUACUGCUCUGGUAUGGUCUUUUCCACCUUAUUUCUCUUUUUUAUAUAUAAAAAUUUGCAAAUGUACAGGAAAGACGCUUCAGGGGCUCACCUAAAACAUCUUUAGCACGCACAAAAGACAAUCAAUAAAGAAGUUUUUGUAAUGCC